AUGGAUAAGCCAAAUACUCCCACUUUGGGUACGGAUGAUGCUGAGUCGACGGCUUUCGAAAGCACAUCGAGCUUGAAGCGUUCACCAACAAACUCAUCAUAUUACGACUUUGAUAACGUACCCUGGGACGGUAAACAUGGCCGAAGUUGGAUGCAUGCUUGGCGUGCUAAAUUCCGGCAGAUAGGCUUAACCCUCGACGGUGUUCGAUCUACUAUCAGUAGAGUCACCACGUCACGGUUCGACGGUGUAUACCCCAGCUAUUUUGGCAACAAGGAGGAGCUUCCUUUGAAAACCGAAUCAGAGCCUAUCUCCAAUCCGACAGAGAAUGCAGACACUAAAGGCUGGCUUCACCAUCCUCUGAUACCCGGCCGUACCGCAACCUUUUCUGGCGGCACGCAAGAGCCCGGGGUUGUAAGAAGUGUCUAUGCCCCCAGCGAUCCUACCACAUUCGACGUUGUCUAUCAUAUAGGUACAGAAGGGUCCGAUAAUAGGGAGUUUAGAUUGGCGACAUACCACCCAGCUGUCAAGCAGGUGGGCUAA